AUGCCAUUCGACAGUCAGAAGGGAUCGGCAUUAAUCAAGGAAAUGCGAAAAUAUAUGGAAUGGCACACUAUGGUUGAUGUGCUCAAAGAUCCGCCGCCGGGGUACGCCUCUCCACCCACCGAUCUAUUCAAAGGUCUUGAUGAAAUCCAUGUCAACGCCACCCAAUCGAAAUAUCAGAGCCAGUUGGAAUUUGAUGCCAAGCUCCUAGCCAGCGACUCCCAUCGUGUCUCACCGGUGACAUCGAUCAACGGCCACAAAGUGGAGUUACAUCUGAAUCAGCUUGCCUUGGCCCAGCAUGAGCAAGAUCCCGAUGCAAGGUAUCCUCGGCUCGGAAGCCAGUCGCCUCACGUCAGUUCAAACGCAGGGGUUUGGGAGUUCAAUGAAGGCCUUUGGCCCGGAGAGAAAGAGUUCAAAAUUGGGUUUGGCAACAAGACAGACAUGCGUGUCAAGACCACUGCUAUUCCGGGGCAAGACAUCUUGCUGUUCGCCUACCCCGACGGGCACUCCCUUUUCCAGGCUGUCUGCGUGCCCCCGAGGGAGGGCUCUAGAGAGAUGCAGAAAUUAGAUGCUAUGGAAUCUAAAAUUUCGGCGUGGACAGCCUCGGCCACCUCGACAAAAACGGCCCAGGCCUCCAGUCGAGUGCCCCAUCCUCUGCUUCGGCGACUUCGAUUCCAUUUGGCACUUCAGUAA